AUGGACCAGCUCGACGUCGUCAUUGACACGUACAACCAAGCAGGCAACUUGGAGGGCAAAGAAACUCGACGGCAACUCACCCUCGACUGCCAGCGAUUCGUGGUCAACCACCCCGGCGUGCCCGGGUGUCUCCGCAGGCUGGAUCAACUAGCCUGGAAGUUCAUGGUCCGCGGCGGUGGCGCGGCUCACUUCACCAGACCGGCCUGCCAGUGGGACAAUUACGACCACCAGUACAAGAUCCUGCAGUGCGUCCAGGCCAUCAUGGCGCUGUACGACAACGGCGGGGUCUUAUCCCAAAACCCUCCCGCGGACGUGGCAGAGGACGUGUGCGUCGCCGCUACCAGGAUGGCCACCCAGCGGCAGGUGGAUCCUCUCCAGCAGUCUGGAGGGGAGUUCCCAACCGGUGUUUGCGCAAAACCCCAGCUCGUUCUGCAGGAAUUAGCUCUCUCCAGGACAGACUUGGAGAAAUGCCGCGCCAACACGUUGAAGAAGAAGGUGGACCUCCCAUCCCUGCCGAGUGGGGACAAAUCCCCCAACACAGUCUCCCCGGCGGCGCCAUCUCCACGUGCGCAGACACUGCCACUCCGAUUCUCUCCCUGCCGUCCUCGAGAGACAGCCCCCAGAGUGACCACCUGCGUGGUCGACUGGGGCUCAGCCAUAGAAAACACUCACGCCGAGCUACGAGCGCUUCGGACAGAGCUUCAUACAUGGGCACCGAGCCAACGAAAGGCGGCCAGAGAAGAGGCCAAGCAGGGAACGACCAAGAAAUUGGCCAAGACACCAGACGUCGAGGUUAAGAUUGAACCGGGAACUAGCAGAGACACCGGCGGAAGAAGAAGCAGCAACAACAAAAACAUCACCUGGGACACCUGGGACAACUGCUCGGUCGAUUCUCCCUAUUCCACAGAAUGA